AUGGGCGGCAUAGAUCCACCGCACGAUGAAGAGAUGAAGAAGCCAUCACCGGAGACAGAACCGAAAAGGGAUAUGUCGAUCCUAUCACUUCCCGACGAUUUGCUAAUAAACUGCAUAUCACGCGUCUCAAAACUGUACUAUCACAACCUGCCCCGCGUCUCCAAACCGCUUUACGCAACCCGAUCUCGCCUAAAAGCCGAGAAGUGUAUCUAUCUUUACAUACGCUUCCCUCUUGAUCCGAAAACGUACUGGCUCACUCUAACCCGUCUUCCUAGUCGUAUCAUAGCCAAUAGAUCAAGUGGCUAUUACGUGGAGGAGAUCCCAUGUCCAAACUAUUUGUGUUCUGCUCAGUCGUCGACCUUCGUGUCCGUUGGAUCUGAUAUCUACAAUAUCAGUGGCGCUAACCAUUUGCAUGAAUGCAAAAUCUGGAAAAGGAACUAUUGUUCAAGUGUCUUUGUCCUUGAUUGUCGCACUCACACGUGGAGCCAGGCUCCGAGCAUGGGAAUGGCGCGUAACGAAAAUGCCACAGCAAAGUUUUUUGAUGGGAAGAUUUAUGUGGCUGGAGGAUGUGAUGAAAAGUACGUGAGUAACCCUAACUGGAUCGAAGCGUUUGAUCUGGAGACGCAAACUUGGGACCCUGUGACAAACCCUCGUAUUUUUAGACUGUGGGAGGAGGAUAAAGUUAAGGGUUUUGAAGCCAAAAGCGUAUCACUUGAAGGGAAGCUCUACAUUUUUGGGGAUGAGGCUGCGGUGUACAAUCCAGAGGACGGUAGAUGGUUAGAGGUAGGAAAGGACGUCUGUCGUAUGUGGUGGGCAGCAACUGGGUGUCAUUGUGUGAUUGAUGAUGUCUUUUUCUUAUGGGAUAGACAUAGAAGAGUGUUUAAAUGGUAUGACUCCAAGUCAGAUUCAUGGAAGGAGUUGAGUGGUAUUGAAGGGUUGCCAGAACUUUCGCCCAACUCUAGAGUCUGUCAAGUGAAAAUAGUGGAUCUUGGUGGAAAGAUUGGGUUUUUGUGGAAUCAGUAUUUGUAUACCGGGACCAAUAAUGAGUGUAGGAUCUGGUGUGCUGAGAUUACGGUUGAAGAUGGAGAUGAGAUGUGGGGGAAGGUUGAGUGGUUUGAUUAUGUGCUGAGAACCCACGAGUCUUGUUCUUCGUUCCAUGUUGUUUCUGUUUCUGUUUGA